AUGCGUUUCUUGCUGAUGCUCAGCGCCAUGGGCGCUGCAGCUGUCAGGCUCCCAGCCAACAAAGACAACCUGCAUCGCAGGGCUGUCCAGCCCGAAGGCAGCUCAAGUGUCGUGGUAAACGACGCUCAGAGUUCAGGAACAGCCCCCGACAACACGGGCUACGAGGGCAGCUACGAGUAUGGUCCCGGCUAUGACAACGUACCGGUGCCUACCACAACUCAAGUGCCGACUUCUAUUCCGGAUGAUAAGCCCUCAUCCACCCCAAACGACUAUGACACGGUCGAGGUGCCUCCAACAUCUCAAGUUGAGACGACGACAUCUGUGGAGGAGCAACCGGAGGAGCCCUCAUCAACCUCACCAGCCGAGAAGCUUCCCUCUUACAAGGUCUUUGAUAAGCACUGCGGUUGCACAAAGACCUACACGGGUUACCCGCCUCCUGGCCCACCAACCACGAGCAGCACUAUCUAUGUGCCUCCGACUACCACCUCUGUCUAUGUUCCCCCGACGACCAGCUCAACCUACGUGCCGCCGACUACUAGUUCGACUUAUGUUCCUCCGACCACGAGUUCUACCUAUGUUCCACCAACUACUAGCUCAACUUACGUGCCGCCAACUACUAGUUCUACUUACGUGCCGCCAACUACCAGUUCUACUUACGUGCCGCCAACUACUAGUUCAACUGAAUCUUCAUCUACCAGCUGCACUGAGCCAACUACUAGUUCCACCGAGCCGACUACUAGUUCGACUGAGCCCCCGACCACUUCGACUGAGCCCCCGACCACUUCGACUGAGCCCUCGACCAGCUCAACUGAGCCCCCGACCAGCUCAACUGAGCCCCCAACCAGCUCGACUGAGACGUCAAUUACCAGUGAGACUGGAACUUGCAGCAGGGAGCCGCCUACAACCGUCUACAUCACAAAGUGCUAUGGCCAACCACCCAAGCAGACAGUUACCGUAACCAAGUGCUACGGUUGCCCCCCUAAGCCGACAGUGACCAUAACGAAGUGCUAUCCUCCCCCUCCAAAGCCCCCAAAGACGGUGACGGUGACCGACAGGGUUACCGACAAGGUUACCGAGACCGUGACCGACAAGAUUGUUGAAACGGUGACCGACAAGGUUAUUGAGACAGUGACCGAAGGCCACACUGUAACUAUCACCGAUGGCGAGAUCGUUACCGUGACUCAGGGCCAGACUGUGACUAUUACCGACGGCACUACUAUCACCCAGGACCGAACUAUCACGGAAGGCCACACAGUCACGGUCACUGACGACGGCGAGAUUGUUACCGUUACUGAGGGCAUUACUAUCACUCAGGAUAGGACCAUCACGGAAGGCCACACCGUCACUGUUACUGACGACGGCGAGAUUGUUACCGUUACUGAGGGCCAUACCGUGACCAUCACUGACGGUACUACUAUCACUCAGGAUAGGACCAUCACGGAAGGCCACACUGUAACGAUCACGGACGAUGGUGAGAUCAUCACCGUUACUGAGGGCCAUACCGUCACUCUCACCGAGACUGGCACCCCAGAAACUGUUGUCGUGACUGAGGGACGAACUGUGACACUCACCGAGACCAAGCCCCCUGAGACGGUUGUCGUAACCGAGGGUGAGACAGUUGUUAUCACCGAAGAUGGCGAGACAGUGGUUAUUACUGAAGAGGGAAGGACUGUGACUCAAGCAGGAGAGACCAUUGUCGUGACCGAAGAGGAAACCAUCGUUGUGACUGAACCAGGAAGAACUGUUACGCUCGAUGGCGAGGUCACAACCGUCACAAGGGAGGCUCAGACAGUAACCAGAGAUGGCCAAGUCACAACUCUUCCCGGAGAAACCGUGGUUGUCACUCAGCCUGGCCAGGUCACAACUCUUCCUGGAAGCACCGUCGUAUCAGUUGUUACGCAGCAGGUUCCCGGACCACGCGAAACGAUUGUCACCACUGUCACAAGGGAGGCCCAGACGGUGACCCGAGAUGGCCAAGUCACAACUCUCCCUGGAGAGACUAUUGUCCAAACUGUGGUUGUUACCCAGCCUGGUCAGAUCACCACCCUUCCUGGAAGAACCGUCGUCUCGGUCGUCACUGAGCAGCUGCCUGCGGAGACCGUCACAAUUACCAAGGAUGGCGAGACAAUUGUGUCUGUGGUCCCUGGCCCAACACAAGUUUACACCACCACCUUGGUUGUUGCGCAGACCGUGAACCCUCCUCCUACCACGGUCACUGUCUCGUCCGUCUUCAGCAUCACUCUGUGCCCCAAGCCUACAGGCAACUCCGAGCCCCUGGCCAUCGAUUCGGACCGCACCUUUGGCUGCAAGCCUGGCUACGUAUGCAGCCCUCCCAAGCCCAAGUCAUGCAACUUCUGGUCUGAGCCACCUGAGGACGACUACCUGUGUGAGCCCAAGUACUGUAUCCCAGCUCCCAAGUUCAAGAAGAUCAGAUGGCGCAAGAACGAGACCUCGUACUAUGCUCCGUCUGAGGGAUACUUCAACCUGAACCCCGAGGCCUUCGGUCUUUCAUACGACAUCUUCAAGAAGGUGGUCGAGGAGAAGGUUAUCAAUGGUACGGUCACAACCAUCACCACCGGUAACUGGGCUUCCCAGGCGACCUUGAGCGACUGGCCCAAGCCUACCACCACAACCACCACAACCUCCGUCGCUGAAGCUUACGACUACAUCCCCAGCGCCCACCAGCGCCGUGGAAUGCACAUGUUCAGCAAGCGAGAUGUCGCCCCUGCCGUCUGUUUCGAUGACUGUGAUGGUGCUUACAAGAUCGCUCUCUCUGUUGGAAAGUCUGACAAGCUCUGCGCCAAGGGAUCUUCUUUCAUGGGCAGCUACGCGGCCUGCACAGACUGUAUCACUGAAAACGAGGGCGAUGCUAAGACUGGCCUCCAGUCCUAUGUCGAGCCCAAGUUUGGACAAUUCAUCAACUACUGUGAGGGUGAGGACACCAAGCCUGCCACAACCGACUCCGGCCCCGAGUCUCAGGUCACUGGCGAGCCUGAUGUCGAGACAUCCGGACAAGUCGAGGCCAGCACGGGCGGAUUCGAGGCCCUAACCACGACCGAGGAAGAUCUUGAGCCAACCACUGAGAUUAUCGAUCCAACUGCACCAGCUACGACAGAGGGGCCUGAGGAGACUGCUGCGCCCACUUCAGCUGAGGACGAGGAUGAGGCAACCACAGAGAUCGUCGACCCAACUGCAGAGGCCACAGAAGAGCCCAGUCCUACUUCUGCCGAAGAGGAUUCCGAGCCAACCAGCCAAGCAUCUGAAAAGUCUGAGCCCAGCUCGACCCAGCAAGAGGAAGAGGCAGCAGCGACCACCGAUGAUUCGGGCUCAGUCACUGAAGCGUCUGAGCCUUCUUCGACUCAGCAAGAGGAAGACGAACCCACAGGCUCGGUCGCGGCUGACGCGGUAACGACAACAGAGGACUCGCAGGCUAGUGUUACGGCAGCGUCCGAGGAUGAGUCUUCGGUUGCUGCUGAAGCUACUGAAGAGCCCACUGCGACGGACGAUGAUGAAGCAGCUGAGGAGACCUCGGCGACUGACGGAGCUGAAGAGACAGCAACCGGCGGGUCUAGCAACUCGGAGGCCCGCGAGUCUGAUGCCCGUGAGUCUGAGUCUGAGUCUCCGGAGACCACCGCUACUGUGACAACGGCUGCUCGGCCAAGCGGUUCUGUCGAGGCUCUCGGCACAGAGGCUACCGAGACUGAGGCCGUUGAGACCGACGCUUCUGCUCCUGGAGGCAAGGCUACUGAGACUGAGGCUGCUGGCACUGACGCUUCUGCCCCUGGAGGCAAGGCCACUGAGACAGGGGGUGCCCAGACAGGCGCCUCAGUUCCUGGAGGCAAGGCUACCGAGACCUCAGAGCGCCAGUCACACCUUGAGACGCGCACUUCAGCUCUUGCCGGAGCGACUACGACACCUGCCACAGUUGAAGGAGCUGCCUCUCGCAUCUCUGCCAGCUUGGCAUCUGUCGUCGCCCUUCUCUCAAUGGCGGCGGUUCUCUUCAUUUAA